GCUUGGCGGAAACGCUGGUUCGUGUUACGUCAAGGCCGGAUGAGCGGCAAUCCGGAUGUGCUGGAAUAUUAUCGGAACAGUCAUUCCAAGAAGCCCAUCCGGGUGAUAGAUCUGAACGACUGUGAAGUGGUGAAGCACACGGGCUCCCACCUGAUCAAGAAGGAGUUCCAGAAUAACUUUGUUUUCGUUGUGAAAACAACCUACCGCACCUUCUACCUGGUGGCCAAAUCAGAGGAGGAGAUGCACGUGUGGAUCCACCAUAUAACUCAGAUCUGUAAUUUCGGGCACUUGGAAGAUGGGACAGAUUCAGGAGACAGCCUGUCCCACACCACGGCUUCCCCGCAGCCUUCUCCGGCCAUUUCUGCCCACGCGUUGAGGAGUGCCAACCCGUCUCUUACCUCCGACCACACCAGCACCGAUGCCACAGGAGCCGAGGAGACGGCCAGCGAGUCGGAAUCUGUCUUUCUGCCCGACUAUCUCUUCUUAUCCAACUGUGAGACCGGAAAACUCAGCCACGUUAGGUGCCACAGUUGGUCCAAUUCUGACCGCUCUCUGGAGAGGACGUUAUCCGAUGAUGUCUUCUUUGACUUUGUGGCUUCUCAGUCCUCGCUGUGCUUACAGCUCUCUGGUGGUCUGCAUGGAAUCCUUCCAAGAAACCCAGAUUCAAGCGGGCCUCCUUCUAGUGACUUCUCUUCUUCCUCACCCUUGUCAGGCCCUCCUGCAACACCAACCAUCCUAGCAGAAAAAAGCCAGAACACUCUUCCCUAUGCCUUCACCGAGAUUUUGGCUAAGACUCCCCCUCCCAGGCCACCAAAGCCAUCACAUUUGCCAGACAGAAGAGCCGAAGAGCAGGCUGGCGGGGUCCUUCAGAAUGGCCAUGCAAGGAUCUCCAGCUCUCCAGGGAUCUUCGUUCCAAGGAGGAUCUCCCUCUCUGGAUUGGACAGCAUGAAGAGUUGGAGAGCAGACUUGGAAGAAAAUUCCUUACAGCGCAGGGAUAAGAGGUUGAGCUUGAAUUUGCCUUGCCGAGUAAGCCCUCUCUACUCCUGCACGUCAAACAAUUCCGAAGACAGUUACGUCCCCAUGCAUCCCAGCACCUCCCCGCCUAUCGCAGGAACUGACUGCACUCCGGAUGGCUACAUUCCCAUGAACCCAGGAUCGGCUACUUUUGCUCUUGCGGAAGUUAACACCGAAAAGCUCAACAGCCCCUUGCCUGAACUCCCUUCUGAUUUGGAACCCCCUCCAGUGAACCGCGAUCUUAAGCCUCGGACAAAAU